UCAUCUUCAUCCAAAACAAUGGUCUGGAACUCCGUGCCUCUGAUCUCCCUGGGCGAGGGUUUUUUGGACAGAACAUCCACAGGUCCCAGGACCGAACUUGAGAAGAGACCUAAAGUGUGUGGCCCUUUGGCAUGUGUCGCUGCACAAGCUGUACACUGACCUCUCUAAAGUGCUUCCAAGCCUCCAUUAGAAGCAGCCGAUGUUUUCCAGGAGAUGGCAUCCUGCCAGACAGACUAAUUACAUGACCCCUGUGACACGACCCCUGACCCCUGACCCCUAAGCUGUGUCUCAUGGGAAAGUGGAGCUCGGCUUCUUAAAUCUGACCACCUUUGCUCCUCUUUUGUGCCUCAAAACCUCUCUUUUGCCUUCAAAGGCAUCGCAGCUUGCGUGGCCUGAACUUUGACCUGGGGCCCUCUGUUGUCCCCCCCCCACUUCAAGAUGCUGGAUCUCGGCGCUGGGACGACUCACGUGACAUUCCCAAGAUGCUCCGGGAAUCAGUCAAAAGAAAGCGGAAGUAUGGAAGCAAGGUUGGCUGCACAAACAGAGGCACUUGCCCUCUGGUAACCGAGCAACACAGGAAGUCAUCACGCUAACAGCCAAUCAGGGUAUCCGCGGAUCCUUAAAAAUGUGACGUCUCGGUGGCAUCUUGGUGCCAAUGGUGCUCUUCCAGGAUGCAGUCGGGCAGCGGACACGGCGUGGAGGACUGGUCAGGUGACCCCGGACUGGCGAGGGGGUGGACCGCAGCCGCCCGGGCGGGCAUGUGUCCAGGUGAAGACGGCGUGCCAGCGGCGAGGCAGCAACCGUGAGCACAGUGUUGCAUCAUGGGAAACGCGGAGAGUCUGAAUGGAGAGAGCGGCCACCUGUCCCGUAAACACACGUCCCGCUCCCUCCGCCUCCCCGCCAAGCAGCCGGUGACGCGCCGCGCCCGCCAGUCCUCGUCCACCAAGCAGGAGCACCGCCACUCCGAGGCGUCCACGCGCUCCUCCAGCACUCCCAGCAUCCCCCAGUCGCUGGCCGAGAGCGGCGCCGAGCCCUUCGACGGCCUGGCGGACUUCGGCGUCAGCCCCCACUGGACGCAGCGUGUCGCCAUGACGAUGAGGCCCGAGUCCUUCCAGCAGGACGACGACGAGGCGGUGGCCACGCCCACGCCGGAGACGUCCGAGGCGGACACCCUGGGCCGGGACUACGGCGAGGACUCGGCGGGGGAGAAGGACUAUUUCAAGAAGAAGCGCUCCAAGUCGGCCGACAUGUGGCGGGAGGACAGCCUGGAGUUUUCUCUGUCGGACCUGAGCCAGGAACACAUGACCAGCACCGAGGAGAUGGUGGACGGCGAGGAGGAGGAGGAGGAGCAGUUCCCUCCACCUCCACCCUCUGCAGGUGCGGCGGAGAGGGCCUCGUCCUUGGACCACCUGUGCAGCCAUCGCAGUCCGGGACUCAGGGGCCGCCACGCCAAGGGCCGCAGGGAGGACGGCAGCGCCGAGGCGGUGCUGAUGUCCCCGGGCGAGGACGACGGCGCCGCCGCCUACGGAGCCUUCACCUUGCCCUGCCGCCGCUCGCACUGCCUCUCCGAGGGCCGGCUGGGGGCCAGGGGCCCCUGCACGCCCGCACCCUGUCCCGUCUUCCAGGGACGCCGGGCACAGACCACUCAGGACAUUUCCUCGGUCCUGGGCGAGGGCAGCGAGUACGGGGACAGCGGCAUCGAUGGCGUGGCGGCCGAGGCGGACGGAGACGUGGAGCCGUUGUCACGGCGAUGCAAGACCAUGUCGGCGUCCUUCUCCGUGUACUCGGCCACAGAGAGCAUGAUCUUCAACGGCAGCGACAGCGGCAGCAGCAGCGCCGGCGGGGCGGACGCACGCGGCGGCGCUGGCGGUGGCACUGGCGGUGGUACUGGCGGCGUCUACGAGAACUUCCGCAAGGAGCUGGACAAUCAAGUCUGGGCCCAUGGAGGCUGCUCGGAGGAGGCGGGCUCGGCAGCGAGCGACGAGCAGAGCAGCGGCACGCUCAGCAGCGCCUACCCGUCGGACUGCGCCAGGAGCUGCGCCCAGGGCACGGUCAGGAAGGCGGGCGCGCUGGCCGUGAAGAACUUCUUGGUCCACAAGAAGAACAAGAAGGUGGAGCCUGCCGCCAGGCGCAAGUGGAAACACUACUGGGUCUCUCUGAAAGGCUGCACUCUCUUCCUGUACGAGUCUGACGGCCGCUCUGGGAUCGACAACAACAGCGUUCCCAAACACGCUCUGUGGGCGGAGAACGCCAUCGUGCAGGCGGUGCCUGAACACCCCAAGAAGGAUUUUGUCUUCUGCCUCAGCAACUCUGCAGGAGACGCCUUCCUCUUCCAGACGUCGGGCCAGACAGAACUGGAGAACUGGAUCACUGCCAUCCACUCUGCGUGUGCGGCCGCCCUGGCCCGCCAGCACCACCGGGAGGACACGCUGCGCCUGCUUCGGACUGAGGUGCGCAAGCUGGAGCAGAGGAUCGACAUGGACGAGAAGAUGAAGAAGAUGGGAGACAUGCAGCUGUCCACCGUCACCGACGCCAGGAAGAGGAAGACCAUCCUGGAGCAGAUCUUCCUGUGGGAGCAGAACCUGGAGAGGCUCCACAUGGACCUGUUCCGCUGCCGCUGCUACCUGGCCAGCCUGCAGGGCGGCGAGCCCCCCAACCCCAAACGCCUGCUGGGCUUCGCCUCGCGUCCCACCAAGCUGGUCAUGGGUCGGCUGGGAAUCUUCUCCGUGUCCUCCUUCCACGCGCUGGUGUCUGCCCGCACGGAGAACAGCGUGAAGAGGCGGAGUCAGGCCGUCCAUCGCACCUUCAGCAAGCGUCGCAGCCGCUUCUCCUCCCUGUGGGGUCUGGACUCUGCCGCACGCAGGAAGUCCAAGGGACACACCUCCAUCAGCCAGGUGUUUGUUGACGGGGGAGACACGCCCAAGCCGCCCGCAGAGCAGACCUUUGAAGACUCGGCCAGUGAGAAGUCUAAGGACCGGGAGAGUUUGGCCAAGAGUCUUCCUCAGCUGACCCCGGACAACGACAUCUGGGUCCCGGAGAACCUGGCGCCCUCCUGGGUCUGCCUGCCCGACGACCAGCCCGUCCUGGCCGUGGUCCAGCCCGGGGACACGGCUCUGGAGGUCCUGAGUGCCGUGUGCAAGAAACACAACCUGGAGGUGUGUGCUCACUACCUGCGUCUGAAGGUCGGCGAGGGCGAGCAGGCCCGGUUCUACGUGCCCCAACCUGAGGAGGACGUCUAUGAUGUGAUCUACAAGGAGAUGGAGAUCUGUGCCAAGCCCACCAAGGUGAUCCAGUUCGACAGAGCCGAGUCCUGCAGCCUGGGAUACGGUUUCUGCGUGGCGGUGGUGGACGAGGACGGCACACAGCAGCUCCACAUCACUGAAGUCAAGGCAGAAGGACUGGCCUCGGUCAAAGGUUUGAGUGCGGGCGACGAGAUCCUGCUGCUGAACGGCAAGCCCGCCUGCGCCCUCCAAAUGGACGACAUGCGGGCGGCGUUCGCUCGCCAGGCCUUGACCCUGAGCGUGGGCGCCCUGCCCCACCUGGACCCCCGCCUGCUGUGCCCGCUGCCCCCCCGCCGCUCCGACGCCGAGCCCGGCCCCGCCACGGACAUCUUCUCCCAGAGCCAAGAGGACAUCCUGGACGAGGUGUCGGGCCUGACGCUGGAAGAGAGUCUGGACCCAAGUCCUCUGCCGAGCCCCGGAGAUCAGCACGGAGACUUUGGAGGGGCGGCGCCCAAGGAGCAGGUGGCCACCUUCUGCCUCCACGACGCUCCCGAGUGCCAGAUGUCCUCGUCCUCGUCCUCCUCGUCCCUCUCGCCCAGCCCCGUGUCCGCCAUGCCGCCCUCGGGAGGGACGGCGGCACAGAGGCAGCUGUCACACGCCGACAAACUCCGAAAGGUCAUCAACGAGCUGGUGGAGACGGAGAAGACUUACGUGAAGGACCUGAGUUGCCUCAUCGAGUGCUACUUGACACCGCUGCAGAAGGAGAACUUCCUGAGUCAGGAUGAGCUGGACGUUCUGUUCGGUAACCUGGGGGAGAUGGUGGACUUCCAGCUGGAGUUCCUGCGGACCCUGGAGGACGGCAUCAGACUGGUGCCAGACCUGGACCGCCUGGAGAGGGUGGAGCAGUUUAAGAAAGUUCUCUUCUCCCUGGGCGGAUCUUUCCUUUACUACGCCGACCGCUUCAAGAUCUACAGCGCCUUCUGUGCCAGUCACACCAAGGUCCCCAAAGUCCUGGCCAAAGCCAAAAGCGACCCGGACUUCAAGGCCUUCCUGGAGGAGAGGAACCCGCGGCGCCAGCACUCGUCCACGCUGGAGUCCUACCUGAUCAAACCCAUCCAGCGGGUCCUCAAGUACCCGCUCCUGCUCAGGGAGCUCUUCUCGCUCACGGACCCGGACAGCGACGAGCACUACCACCUGGACGUGGCCAUGACGGCCAUGAACAAAGUGGCCAGUCACAUCAACGACAUGCAGAAACUUCACGAGGAGUUCGGCGCCGUCUUCGACCAGCUCAUCAACGAGCAGACCUCGCACAAAAAGGUGGCAGAGCUGUCCAUGGGAGACCUGCUGCUGCACUCCAGUGUGGUGUGGCUCAACCCGCCUGCCGCGCUGGCCAAGAGCAAGAAAGACCCGGACUUGGCGGCUUUUGUCUUCAAAGCGGCGCUGGUGUUUGUGUACAAAGACUCCUCCAAGCACCGGAAGAGAGGGGCGUCUCACCGAGCGUCGGUGAGCGACGACAAGGACCCCAUCCGCUUCCGUCACAUGAUCGCCACCGACUCCCUGCAAGUCCGCGCCUUAGCAAACUCGGAAGACACGUCAGUGUGUGAGAUCCUGCACACCCGGUCCGAGUCCGAGGGAAGACCUGAACGAGUUUUCCAGUUGUGCUGCAGUUCCCCAGAGAGCAAGAAGGAGCUGCUGAAGGCGGUGCACUGCGUCCUGAGGGAGAAACAACGCCGGCAGCUCCUGAAGAGCCAGUCUCUGCCUCCCAGCCAGCAGUACGUCCCCUUCGGGGGCAAGAGGCUCUGCGCCCUCAAGGGGGCUCGGCCCGCCAUGAACAGAGCAGCGUCCGCUCCCACGCGCACGCUGCCCCGCAGGAAGUUGGUCCGCAAGCGCUUCACCAUCGACACGGACCUGGCCUUCCAAGGCAACAACGCCGCCGACUGUGACUCCGCCCAGCAGACGUCCCAGCACGCCAGCGACACGGACCGCUGGGUGGAGGAGCAGCUGGACCUGGCUCGCUACGACCGGCGCGGCGCCAAGGUGAAGGAGACGGACAUCCUCAGCGACGACGACGACUACUGCAAGUCCGUCCGGGCGCUGGCGCUCCGACCUCAGGACCUUCACCUGGACGCCCUGGAGAUAGACGGCGGGGAGGGGCGGAGCCGGGACCCCGCCCUCCGACCUCAGGACCUUCACCUGGACGCCCAGGAGAUAGACGGCGGGGAGGGGCGGAGCCGGGACCCCGACGGACGAGGGCAGACGGGAGGCGGGGUCCCGCAGGACGACGCCUCCGAGCGACUGACUCGCUGCGCCACGCCCACCCUGAAGGUGGCGCCACUCAAGCCUUGUGCGGCCGAGGGCGCCACCCAGGACCAGCACGUGGUGGUCUGGGUGCGCAGGGACGACAUCUUCUGACUCUCUCUGUGUGUGUGUGUGUGUGUGUGUGUGUGUGUGUGUGUGUGUGUGUGCGUGUGUGUGUGUGUGUGUGUGUGUGUGUGUGUGUGUACAGCGCACAUACUGGCCAGUUGAUUAAGUACACCUCUGAGGCGCCACUCUGUCCCUCCCCGAGGACCACGGCGAUGCGUUCAAGUUCGCCCAAUUCAUUCCGGACGAUGCGUUCAAGUUCACCCCGUUCAUUUGGGACGAGGCGUUCCAAGUUCCCAUCGUUCAUUUGGGACGAUGCGGACGAGGCGUUCAAGUUCGCCCUGUUCAUUUGGGACGAUGCGUUCAAGUUCGCCCCGUUCAUUUGGGACGAUGCAAGUUCGCCCCGUUCAUUCCGGAUGAUGCGUUCAACUUCGCCCCGUUCAUUCCGGACGAUGCGUUCAAGUUCGCCCUGUUCAUUUGGGACGAUGCAAGUUCGCCCCGUUCAUUCCAGACGAUGCGUUCAAGUUCGCCCCGUUCAUUUGGGACGAUGCAAGUUCGCCCCGUUCAUUCCGGAUGAUGCGUUCAAGUUCGCCCCGUUCAUUCCGGAUGAUGCGUUCAAGUUCGCCCCGUUCAUUCCGGAUGAUGCGUUCAAGUUCGCCCCGUUCAUUCGGGAUGAUGCAAGUUCGCCCCCUUCAUUUGGGACGAUGCGUUCGAGUUCGCCCCAUUCAUUUGGGACGAUGCGUUCAAGUUCGCCCCGUUCAUUCGGGACAAGGCGUUCAAGUUCGCCCCGUUCAUUCCGGACGAGGCGUUCAAGUUCGCUCCGUUCAUUCCGGACGAUGUGGACGAGGCGUUAAAGUUCGCCCCGUUCAUUUGGGACGAUGUGGACGAGGCGUUCAAGUUCGCCCCGUUCAUUUGGGACGAUGCGUUCAAUUUCGCCCCGUUCAUUCCGGACGAUGCGUUCAAGUUCGCCCCGUUCAUUCUGGACGAUGCGUUCAAGUUCGCUCCGUUCAUUCGGGACGAGGCGUUCGGGUUCGCCCCGUUCAUUCGGGACGAGGCGUUCGGGUUCGCACCGUUCAUUCGGGACGAGGCGUUCGGGUUCGCACCGUUCAUUUGGGACGAUGCGUUCAAGUUCGCCCCGUUCAUUUGGGACGAUGCGUUCAAGUUCGCCCCGUUCAUUUGGCACGAUGCGUUCAAGUUCGCCCCGUUCAUUUGGGACGAGGCGUUUGAGUUCGCCCCCUUCAUUUGGGACGAUGCGUUCAAGUUCGCCCCGUUCAUUUGGGACGAGGCGUUUGAGUUUGCCCCCUUCAUUUGGCACGAUGCGUUCAAGUUCGCCCCGUUCAUUUGGGACGAUGCGUUUGAGUUCGCCCCCUUCAUUUGGGACGAUGCGUUCGAGUUCGCCCCCUUCAUUUGGGACGAUGCGUUCGAGUUCGCCCCAUUCAUUUGGGACAAAGCGUUCAAGUUCGCCCCGUUCACUUGGGACGAUGCGUUCGGAGGCCCCAUUCAUUUGGGAUGAGGCGUUCAAGUUCGCCCCCUUCAUUUGGGACGAUGCGUUCGAGUUCGCCCCGUUCAUUUGGGACAAAGCGUUCAAGUUCGCCCCGUUCACUUGGGACGAUGCGUUCAAGUUCACCCCGUUCACUUGGGACGACGCGUUCGGAGGCCCCAUUCAUUUGGCACGAUGCGUUCAAGUUCACCCCGUUCAUUUGGCACGAUGCGUUCAAGUUUGCCCCGUUCAUUUGGGACGAUGCGUUCGAGUUCGCCCCAUUUAUUUGGGACGAGGCGUUCAAGUUCGCCCUGUUCAUUUGGGACGAUGCGGGAGGUCAAAAGGUCAUCUUUAAGGAUCGCUCGAGCUUUUUUGUUGGCUUGAGUGUCGGCGCCGUAAAGAAGUUGAAGGAAGUCUCAUCAUGGCCAACUUAUUAGGAACACCCGCUCUUUUUCAACAAUCAUACUCAUCGAAAAGGCUUUUUUAAAAUUACACUCAACAAAAUGUGUUUUUUUCAAGAAUCAUACCCGACUAAAUGUAUUUUUCAAAUGAUGUCAUUUUCAAGAAUCAUACUCAUCGAAAAGGCUUUUUUAAAAAUUACACUCAACAAUAAUAUUUUAUAUAUCAUGUUAAUUGUUAAUUAAAAUGUUAAUUUAAAGAAUCAUACCCGACUAAAUGCAUUUUUUCAAAUGAUGUCAUUUUCAAGAAUCAUACUCAACAAAAAGGCUUUUUUUAAAAAUUACACUCAACAAAAUGUCUUUUAUACAUCAUACCCGACCAAAUGUUAUUUCAAAGAAUCAUACCCAACUAAAUGCAUUUUUUCAAAUCAUUUUAUUUUCAAUACUCAUACUCAACUAAAAGGCUUUUUUUUAAAUUACACUUAACAAAAUGUGUUUUAUCAUCAUACCCGACCAAAUAUUUUAAAGAAUCCUACCCGACUAAAUGUCUUUUCUCAAAUCAAAUGUCAUUUUCAAGAAUCAUACUCAACGAAAAGGCUUUUUUAAAAUUACACUCAACAAAAUGUCUUUUAUACAUCAUACCCGACCAAAUGUUAUUUUCAAGAAUCAUACCCGACUAAAUGCAUUUUUUCAAAUGUCAUUUUCAAUACUCAUCCUCAACGAAAAGGCUUUUUUUUUUUAAAUUACACUCGACAAAUCGUUUUUUAUGUAUUUUAAAUAAUCAUACCCGACCAUAUGUUAUUAUAAAGAAUCAUACGCGACUAAAUGCAUUUUUUCAAAUCAUGUUAUUUUCAAUACUCAUACUCAACUAAAAGGCUUUUUAAAAAAUUUACACUUAAAAUGUUUUUUAUCAUCAUACCCGACCAAAUAUUUUAAAGAAUCAUACCCAACUAAAUGUCUUUUCUCAAAUCAAAUGUCAUUUUCAAGAAUCAUACUCAACGAAAAGGCUUUUUUAAGAAUUACACUCAACAAAAUGUCUUCUAUACUUCAUACCCGACUAAAUGUUAUUUCAAAGAAUCAUACCCAACUAAAUGCAUUUUUUCGAAUAAUGUCAUUUUCAAUACUCAACAAAAA